CCCAAUCAGUUCAGUGUAUUUCUUAUUGAAAAACGAUAUAAAAUUAUUUCUUUACGAUCCUAUUAGUUGUGCAAUUUCUUUCUGAGUUUAGCAAUUAGCUUAUGGUUAAUUUAAUUUAGGAUGAUGUUGAAAACUAAGACGUUUACUUUAGUGUCAUCUAAACAAUUUAUUUUGUGCAUAUUUAUUUUAUUCCUCUUAAUUGUGUGGAACACAACGACUUUCGGAGUAAACGAUGAGCUUUUAACAAAACACAAGAAAAGCGAAAAACGUUUCUACGUAAAUAGCUCUAAGUGCCAAAUGCCGUACGUGGAGCCCUUUAAUUUCGAGUUCAAAAAACUAUACACGCCAAAAAAUUUUACACCCUGCUCCAAUCAAAGUGAUCUGGUUACAGUACACUUUGAUUCCAUUUUAAAACACUAUGUCCUGCAUGUCAAUAAAGAAGUGCUUCACAAGCUGUCGCAGUCAAACAGUAAUGACUUUGCUUGUUUUUACCAGAAUAUUAUCUACGGACAAUCUGUGGAUCGCUACGAUAGGAUGGGGAAUAGAACUAAAUUCACUCACGACUACGUAGUACCCCUGAACGUGGAAGGAAUGUUGGUGGACUGUAGGUCAGCGGACGAGAAACGCAUCCUGCAAGAGGAUGCUUUUACGUUUGUACAACACCAGAAAACUCCUCUGAAUUUGGUGAAAGAUCGAAAGGCUAGUGUAAUAAUGUACGGCAUAGAUACCGUCUCAAGAACCAAUCUUCGGCGGUUGAUGCCUAUGGUAUUCGAGUUCCUAAAGUCUCCAGGAUGGUACGAAAUGAUGGGCUACAAUAAGGUAGCUGAUAAUUCGUUUCCCAAUAUAUUUGCCAUCCUAACAGGAUAUUCCCCACAUUCGGCAAAAAAUCAAAUAUGUGAUGUAUAUCAACCAGGAUGUUUAGAUGAAAUACCCUUUAUAUGGAAGGAAAUGAAAAAGGAGGGCUUUCUAACAGCCUACGCCGAGGAUACACUGAAGAUCAAUACUUUUAAUUAUUUCAAACCAGGGUUUUUCAGUAGGCCCACAGAUUACUACUUUCGUCCACUUUUGGAUGCCCUGGAAAAAGAAACUAAUAACCUGUAUUACUCAGGCUGUAAACUGACAUACUGCCUGGGUCGCCGACUUGCCAAUAGCUAUAUCUUCGAUUACUGCCGCCAGUUUAUGCAACGAUUCGUGGCCGACCGUCCCAUUUGGGGCAUGUUUUGGUCCAGUCAUUUCAGUCACGAUGACUGGGCAAUGCUCUCGGCCAUGCAACACAAGGUCUUAGGCGACCUGCUUAAUUUCGAGAAGGAUGGAUCUUUCGAGCAUACGAUUAUGAUAUUCUUCUCGGAUCACGGAUCUCGGUUUGGUCCCCUAAUGACCACGAAGGAAUCGUUUCUAGAAGAGCGGCUGCCUAUGAUGUUCAUUUACUUACCACCCUGGUUCCGUGAGAAAUAUCCACACUAUGUGGAGGCUCUGGCCCAGAAUCAGAAUCGGUUGAGUUCCAACUUCGACGUGUACAAUACCUUGAAACAUAUUAUUAACAUCGAAGGAUUGGUGGAGGAUACCAAGUGGUCCUACGACUGCCCCCAGUGUCAGUCGCUAUUCUACCCGUUGCCAGAAAAUAGAAGAUGCUCGGAGGCUGCUAUACCGGAGACUUACUGUACCUGCCACAACUACGAGGAAGUCACGGAGGACAACGGGACUUGGCGCAUGGCCGAACUGGUGGUCGAUCGCAUUAACCAAUACCUCCAAUAUAAUAACCUGCAGAAUCAGUGUAGCAAUCUCACCCUUAGGGUAGUCAACGUCACCGAAGUAAGAAUGCUGGAGAUCGAUGAAAACGUUCAUCAGAAUUUGGCUCAGUUCUUUGCCACCGUUCUCUACGAUAGAAGAACAGAAGAGCUACAGAUCAAUGUGGAGCUAAUCAGCCGAAUUAAUAUGUAUUGGAGGGAUUCGGAGUGCUUAGACGACGUUAUUCAAAAGGUGUACUGCAUAUGCCUAUCAAGGAUAAGAAACAAUCAAACCACAUUAACUAUGCAGUAA